AUGGAAAACGCAUUUUCGAAAUCGACUGGUGAGGUGCUGAAGCACUUCUCAGUCACAGAAACACAGGGAUUAUCAGAGGCGCAAAUCAACGCUUCGAGGGAAAAAUAUGGUCGUAACGCAAUCGCGGAAGAUCCCCCAACUCCUCUAUGGGAACUGAUUCUGGAGCAAUUCAAAGAUCAGCUUGUUAUAAUUCUAUUGGGAUCCGCAGCAAUUUCCUUUGUGCUGGCGCUUUUCGAGGAAGAUGGGGGCUGGGCUGCUUUUGUAGAUCCAGCAGUUAUUCUUACUAUUCUGAUUCUUAACGCGGUCGUCGGAGUAUCACAAGAAAGCAGCGCCGAGAAGGCGAUUGCCGCAUUACAAGAAUAUUCUGCAAACGAAGCGAAGGUUAUUCGAGAUGGUCAUGUUACAAGGGUCAAGGCGGAGGAAUUGGUUCCAGGAGAUAUCAUUUCGAUUGCCGUUGGAGACAGAAUUCCAGCAGACUGCAGGGUGUUGAGCAUCCAGAGUAACAGUUUCGCGGUCGACCAGGCAAUCCUUACCGGGGAGAGCGAAAGUGUUGGAAAGGACACCGAGCCAGUCAAGGAUAUUCAAGCUGUGAAGCAGGAUCAGAUCAACACACUUUUCUCCGGAACCACCGUGGUCACAGGACACGCUACAGCAAUUGUAGUCCUCACUGGAUCAAAUACAGCUAUCGGAGACAUCCACGAAAGCAUCGUUGCCCAGAUUUCAGAGCCCACCCCACUGAAGCAAAAACUAAACGAUUUUGGAGAUACUUUGGCAAAGGUCAUCUCACUUAUCUGCAUCGCUGUCUGGCUGAUCAAUAUUCCUCACUUCAGUGAUGAGUCCCACGGUGGACUUGCAAAGGGAGCUAUUUAUUACCUCAAAAUUGCCGUUUCUCUCGGUGUCGCAGCUAUUCCAGAAGGUCUAGCUGUUGUGAUUACAACAUGUCUAGCACUUGGUACGCGCAAGAUGGCUGCGAAGAACGCGGUUGUUCGAAGCUUGCCAUCAGUUGAGACUCUUGGAAGUUGUAGUGUAAUCUGCUCAGACAAGACUGGAACCUUGACUACCAACCAAAUGAGUGUCAGAAAAGUAGUCUUCAUCAACGAGGCCGGCAAUGAUCUUGAGGAGUUCCAGGUCGAAGGAACGACGUUUGCUCCUCAUGGAAAGGUUACAUCUAAUGGCAAAGAAAUUCCACAUCUUGCUGGAAAGUCUGCUACAGUAUUUCAAAUUACCGAGGUCGCAGCACUUUGCAACGACGCACAACUGGCCUUCGACUCAAAGACCGGCUAUUACUCCAACGUUGGAGAGCCUACCGAAGGCGCCCUCCGUGUACUGACUGAGAAGAUUGGUACCAAUGAUGAGGCGCACAACCAGACCAGAGCUGGUGUCGCCGCAUCUGAUGCGCUCCACCUUAUGAGCUCCUGGUAUGAGAAGCGAAGUCCUCGUCUUGCCACAUACGAAUUCUCCCGUGAUCGGAAGAGCAUGUCCGUCCUUGUGGGUGACAAGAAAUCCCAAAGACUCUUGGUUAAAGGCGCCCCCGAAUCUAUCAUUGACCGCUGCACUCACACUCUCGUUGGAUCCAACGGGAAGAGAGUCCCACUGUCCAAGAAUCUCUCUCAAUUGUUACUCAAGGAAGUUGAAGACUAUGGAAACAAAGGCCUUCGUGUCAUUGCACUAGCCAGUCUUGACGAUGUUUCAUCCAACCCACUUCUGAAAUCAGCUAAAUCUACCGCCGACUAUUCGAAACUGGAGCAAAAGUUGACCCUCCUGGGUCUUGUCGGCAUGGAGGAUCCACCACGUCCGGAAGUAGCGGCCUCCAUUGCGAAAUGUAAAGAAGCUGGAAUCCGUGUUAUUGUCAUCACGGGCGACAACCGCAAUACCGCCGAGACUAUCUGUCGACAGAUUGGUGUCUUUGGGGAGCGCGAAAAUCUCGAGGGCAAGAGCUUUACUGGACGGGAGUUUGAUCAGCUUAGCGAAAGCGAGCAAUUGAAGGCUGCCCAAACCGCAUCUCUGUUCUCACGUGUUGAGCCAACCCACAAGUCGAAGUUGGUUGAUCUCCUUCAAUCCAACGGCGAUGUUGUUGCUAUGACUGGUGACGGUGUCAAUGACGCUCCUGCACUUAAGAAAGCUGAUAUUGGAGUUGCCAUGGGCUCUGGAACUGACGUUGCCAAAUUGGCUUCUGAUAUGGUUCUCGCUGAUGAUAACUUUGCUACCAUUGAAGUUGCGAUCGAAGAAGGACGCUCUAUCUACAACAACACCCAACAAUUCAUCCGUUACUUGAUCUCAUCCAACAUCGGAGAGGUCGUGUCUAUUUUCCUCACGGCUGCCGCUGGUAUGCCUGAAGCUCUCAUUCCAGUCCAACUCCUUUGGGUCAACUUGGUCACCGAUGGUCUCCCUGCCACUGCUCUCUCAUUCAACCCACCAGAUCAUGAUAUCAUGAGAAGGAGACCAAGAAAGCGUGAUGAGCCUCUUAUUGGUGGCUGGUUGUUCUUCCGCUACAUGGUUAUCGGUAUCUACGUAGGUCUCGCAACAGUAGCUGGUUAUGCUUGGUGGUUCAUGUACAAUUCUGAAGGUCCUCAAAUCUCCUUCUGGCAGUUGUCUCACUUCCACCGCUGCUCGACUCAGUUUCCGGAGAUUGGCUGCCAAAUGUUCUCUGAUGACAUGGCCAAGUCGGCCUCUACUGUUUCUCUAUCCAUCCUCGUCGUCAUCGAGAUGCUCAACGCCAUGAACGCUCUUUCUUCUAGCGAGUCACUGCUUACUCUCCCACUUUGGGAGAACAUGAUGCUCGUUUAUGCCAUCACUCUAUCUAUGGCUCUGCACUUCGCCCUCCUUUACACACCUAUCUUACAAUCACUCUUCUCGAUUCUCCCACUAAACUGGAACGAGUGGAAGGCGGUCCUAGUGAUAAGCGCACCAGUUAUAUUAAUCGACGAGGGACUCAAGUUUAUGGAGAGGCAACUUUUCAUUCAGAAGACGAAGGUUAUUGAGCCAAGGGCUAAGACGGAAUAA